GGGAGCCCAUCACUCCAAACCAAAAACAGUCUGACGCGGUCACGCGUUGUAGACCCUGUGACAUCAUCCCUGCAUUUUCUACCAACUCGCACUCGCUACUCCAGCGACAGUCCCUCCUUUACCUACGACCACCAUCAUGUCCAGCAACGACGACCCCACUAUUGAAUCCGCGCAGACAGCAUCCACAGCGACUUUUGUUACUGCUCUCGUCUUCAACGCCAUCGUCUUCGGCGUCGAAAUCGCGGUCUUCACUCUUAUUCGUCCAUACUUCAAAUCCAUUUACGAGCCACGAAGCUAUGUACCCAAGAAACGGGAGAGGAUUUCUCCUCUUGUUCCCGCUUCCGGAAGACGGAUUGACCCAAUCGCCUUCCUUGCAUGGCCUUUCUAUCUCUUCAAAGCCGACCACAAGGCGAUCAAGCAUGCUAAUGGUCUCGAUGCCUACUUUUUCGUCAGAUUCUUGAGGAUGAUGGUCAAGAUUUUCCUCCCUAUCUGGAUUGUCACUUGGGCUGUGUUGUUGCCUGUAACAAGCGUUGGGUCAAGAGUGGGCAAUAACGAUGGCUUGGAUCUCUUUGUGUUUGGUAAUGUGGAGCCGAACAAGAAACCCAGAUACGCCGCACACAUCGUUCUCGUUUGGCUCUCCACGCUUUGGAUAUUCUACAACAUCAAGAAUGAAAUGCGGCAUUUUCUCGUCACCCGCCAACGCCACCUCAUUGACUCAGAUCAUGCAAAGACCGUGCAGGCCAGUAGUGUCCUUAUCACUGGCAUUCCUGCACGCUAUCUCACACAGGCCGCGCUGCGAAAAACAUUCGAUACCUUGCCGGGUGGUGUUAAGAGUAUCUGGAUUAAUCGGGAUCUAGGCGAGCUGCCAGAAAUCUACGACCGCCGAAUGAAAGCAUGCAACAAGCUCGAAUCAGCGGAAACCAAACUCCUUAGCAUUACUGCGAAGAUGAAACUCAAAGAGGAAAAGGAACGCGCAAAAGGCAAUGGAAAAGGGAGCGAUCCAGAGUCAUCUCCGAGGGCCAAUGACAGCAUUCCUGAAGUUCCGAAGGAAAAACGGCCUGCUCACAAAUUGGGAUUCCUAGGACUGUUUGGGGAGAAGGUGGACACGAUUGAAUGGGCUCGAAAGGAAAUCAGGACCUGCACGCAACUGCUGGACGAGGCACGAAGUAAAAUUCCCGAUGCCAUAGUUAGUGGUGACUCAGAAUUUAUGCUCGAAGAUGACUCCGAAGACGAGGACCAUUUUACCGGUCAGCAGGGUAUCCUCGGUGUUGCUGGGAAGGUCGGCGGUACGGUUGGAGGUAAAGUGGGGGCCGUUGGUGAGAAGGUUGGCGAAAAGGUUUUGAGGAGGAAGACGAGGAAAGGAGCCAACGCCGCGAGUGCCCCAGAAGAUCAGAAGGCAGGAAGAGAUGUGGCCGUCACCUCAACCUCAGGCACGGCGACCCAGGAGCCUUACCCACCACUCAGCAGUGCGUUCAUCACGUUCCGCAAGCAGAUUUCGGCACACUUGGCUGGUCAGGUUCUCGUUCAUCAUGAACCAUACAGAAUGAGUGGUAAACACAUUGAAAUCUCCCCGUCCGACGUGAUCUGGGGUAACUUGGGCUUGAACCCGUAUGAGAUGCAGAUACGGUUUGCCAUUAGCUGGGCACUUACGUUAGGUUUGAUCUUGCUCUGGGCUUUCCCAGUUGCUUUUGUCGGUGCCGUUUCAAACGUCUAUUCGUUAUGCAGCACCUACUCGUGGUUGAACUGGAUUUGCGGCCUUCCGAAAGUCGUCGUAGGAAUCAUCUCGGGCAUUCUCCCACCAGUCCUCCUCGCUGUCUUGAUGAUGCUGCUACCCAUCAUACUCCGACUUUUAGCAUCGUUUGAGGGAAUUCCCACCAGGAGCGGCGUCGAGCUGAGUUUGAUGACUCGGUUCUUCAUCUUCCAGGUCCUGCACGGUUUCUUGAUCGUGACAUUGGCGUCGGGAAUCAUUUCUGGUUUGGGACAGUUGACAAAGAACCCAGGUCAGAUUCCGAACCUGUUGGCGCAGAAACUACCUCAUGCAUCGACUUUCUUCUUGACCUACGUGGUUCUACAAGGACUAUCGGGCACUGCUGGUGGCUUUUUACAGAUCGUCGCAUUGGUCAUCUACUAUGCGAAGCUGUUCAUCCUCGGUAGUACCCCUCGGAGUGUUCAUACCCUCAAAUAUGGUAUGAACAGUGUUGCAUGGGGAACAUUAUUCCCUGGCAUUACGCUGUUGGUCACCAUCUCCCUGGGAUACAGCAUCAUAUCCCCAAUCAUUAACGGCCUCGCAUGCUUCACAUUCUUCGCUUUCUACCAAAUGUACAAGUUCUUGUUCUUGUACUGCUAUCAACAGGAUAUCUCGACCGAUACUGGUGGACUGUUUUUCCCGAAAGCGAUCCAACAUUUGUUCGUUGGACUCUAUGUUCAACAGAUUUGCCUCGCUGCGUUAUUCUUCCUUGCCGGGGGAACAGCAGUAAUCAUGGGAGCGUUGACGGUUGUUUUGAUUGUCGCUACUGCUGGUUUCCAUAUCAUUACCAACCACUCGUACGGACCUCUGAUUCAUGCCCUGCCACUUUCGCUGGUGGAUAAAAUGCACGCGGAAACUGAUGUUGAAGAUCAACAAGAUCGGAUCCAGACAACUGAGGGUGCUGUGGGCGAAGAAGGAUCAUCUGUUGUCAUUAAUGAGAAGACCGCACGUGGUCCUAGUAUGGAUACGAAAGAUGACACUCCUCUUCGUCAAUCGAAAAACCGUGAAGGUGAAGCGACUGAGAAGAACGUGCCUAAAGCGUCGGAGAGAUCGCCGGAGCAGGCGUACGGGUUUGCGCACCCGGCUGUGUCAAGGCCGCAAAGGACGAUAUGGGUUCCUAAUGAUACGACGCUUCGUGGAAUGGGUGAGGAAGAGGUUAGGGCGUGUAGGGAUGAGGGUGUCGAUGCACUAUGUGGGAAUGGUGCUGUGAUGAAUGAGAAGGGUAAAGUGGAUGUGGUGCUUGGGCCGGAGGGAGAGGGUGGGCCUCCGGAGCUUUAGGCUGCGUUGUUGUUGGCUCGGCACAAACGAUAUUCUCUUUCUCUUUCUUUCUUUCUUUUUCCCGAAAUGUUACGACAAAUUCUUUUUUUCUUCUUUUUUUUCCUCCUCUUUUUUAGUACUGUGAAUGUAUUUUUACGGAUUGGGGGAGGGGGCGGUUAUAAUCUACGUUCGCGUUGCCUAAUUCCGUUUCCCUUUCAUCUCUUGUUUUGUUUACCUUUUUACUAUCUACGAACUAUGCCAUGUAUACCCAUCCUCGAUAAACGAAACGAUUUCUCGAGGUUCUGGUAUAUCAUUCAUCCACGUUUAAAUCCCCGAGGUCCCCAAUAAUCCUGACCCUUUCGUAGGAGUCCCAUUGAAACGAACAUCUGUCGCUAGAGAUGGUAAACAAGUACUUGAAUGUUGCGAGCCAAUAAAUCUGUAAAAAG